AUGUCUGAGAGUGUUGAGAAGGGGAAGGUUCCUCAACUUCAAAAUUUUUAUCGUGGACUGCUUCGAUUGGAGUCCAUUAUAUCACCAAUAGCUUAUACUUUAUUGGCACUGUACGUUAGAUUCCAAAACAUUGAUAAAAAUCCAGAUGUGGUUUGGGAUGAAGCUCAUUUUGGUAAAUUUGGGUCCUACUAUAUCAAGCACGAGUUCUACCACGAUGUCCAUCCACCCCUGGGUAAAAUGUUAAUCGCACUUACUGAAUGGUUGGCAGGUUUUGACGGUGAAUUCGACUUCGAUUCUAAUCAAUCCUAUCCAGAAAACGUCAACUAUAAACUGAUUAGACAGAUAAAUGCAUGCUUUGGUGUCGCAUGUUGUCCUCUAGCAUACUGGACCGCUAAAAAUAUGGGGUUCCAACUGUUGACUGUGCACCUAAUUGCCAUUAUGGUUACUUUAGAACACUCCUACAUUGUACUUUCUAAAUUUAUUCUUUUGGAUUCAAUGCUACUUUUCUUUACCAUUGCUACGUUUGCAUGUUUGGUAAAAAUGUACACUGCACGUCGUGAACCAUUCACCAGAAGAUGGAAACUUUGGAUGUGGCUAACUGGUCUUUCCAUUGGCUGUGUGUGCAGUGUGAAAUGGGUGGGUCUAUUCGUAACCUUAGUCGUGGGUGCAUACACCAUCCUAGAACUUUUCACCUUAAGGUUUGAUCCCAAGGUUAGCCGUAAACAGUAUUUCAAACAUUGGGCCAUUAGAGUUAUCAAUUUGAUUGUAACGCCAUUUUUGAUCUAUCUGUUUCUCUUCAAGAUUCAUUUCACUCUGCUUUACAAAUCAGGCCCUGGUGACGCAUCUACAAAUACUUUAUUCCAAGUUAACCUAGAAAACAAUGAAAUCGAGACUGGUCCCCGUACAGUGGCCUUCGGGUCCCUUAUCACCAUCAGAUCUCAUGGUCUAAGUCCCAACCUUUUACAUUCUCAUUUCCAAACUUAUCCAGAAGGUUCAAAUCAAAAUCAAGUUACCGGUUACGGAUUUGCAGACGACAAUAAUGUUUGGCAAGUUAGAUUUCCUCGUUCCUCAGAAUUGAAUUGGGAGGAAGAUUAUUUACCCGAUGAGGGCUCAGGGUACAUUACCGAUGGUUCUGUUAUCAGAUUGUUCCAUAAUCAACAAAAAGUGAAUCUACACACGCACAGAAUUCCUUCACACGUCUCUAGAGGCAACUACGAAGUUUCAGGUUAUGGCUCUGAAGAGAUUGGUGAUUUAAAAGAUGAUUGGAUUGUAGAAAUCGUAAGACAAACAGAUUCUUCGGAUCCUGAUUAUCCAAAGGAGAAUUAUGAUGAACUGCAUCCAGUUUCAACUUUCUUUAGAUUGAGAAAUAAAGAACUCGGUUGUUAUCUGACGUCAACUGGAUUUUCUUAUCCAAAAUGGGGAUUCCAACAAGCAGAAAUUGUUUGCAAACACUCUUGGAGUAAACACGACAAAUCUACUUGGUGGAACGUAGAAGAACAUUGGAAUGAGAAUUUACCAAUCGACACCGAUUGGCAUCCACCUAAAUCCAGAUUCUGGACCGAUUUCGUUAUGAUUAAUUUUGCAAUGGCAUCUUCCAACAGCGCCCUAGUGGAAGAUCAUGAUAAAUUUGACAACUUGGCAACAGAUGCUUGGGAAUGGCCAACACUUCACAGAGGAUUACGUAUGUGCUCUUGGAGUAAAGAUAGUUACAGAUACUUUUUGAUGGGGUCGCCAUUUAACACUUGGUUAUCAACACUUUCAUUAUUUGUCUUUUUGGCAAUUACCGCCAAGUUACUGUACCAAUGGAAACGCCAAACAAAACCAAUGACAGAAUCCACAUUUUGGGAAUUUAUAAUUCAAGGUGUGAUGCCAUUUACCGCUUGGGUUACUCAUUAUUUGCCCUUUGUUGUUAUGGGCAGAGUUACUUACGUCCAUCACUACCUGCCGGCAUUAUAUUUUGCAAUCCUUAUCUUCGGAUUCGUGGUUGACCGUCUCUUACGUUCGUCAUUCAACUGGAUCAAAUAUCCUGUCUAUAUUGCAUUGUUUGGAGGUUGUAUCAAAACUUAUACUUAUUUCUCUCCUAUUUGCCAAGGUAUGACAGGAAUGUGGACCGAUUAUAUUUACUUGGAAUGGCUCAAAUCUUGGGACAUGGCCGUUUAA